UGGAGUUGCACACACGUUGUACCCCGGGGACACCGCUAGAGAUAUGGCGGGCAGUGGCGCCGCGCUCCACUCAAGAAAAUUUAGGCGCCACCGUCACUCAGUCACACAUUGACCGGCUCAAAGCCAACACCAAGGGCCUCCUCCGAUGACAACCGCCUUCACCAUGUCGGCCCUGCUGCUCUCCAUCCUGGGCCUCUCCGUGGGCAUCCCCCACUGCCCCAUGUGGAAGGAGAUCGCGCCCUGCACCUGCCGCAUGGACUCCACCAAGCUCACCACCAUCCACUGCGACAAGAUGACCUCCUACGACCAGGUGGUGCGCCUCCUCAAGGGCCACUUCGCGCCCGAGGACCGCGUCUCGCUCAAGAUCUCCUUCAGCAAGCUGGACGACCUGCCCUUCAGGGCCUUCAACGAGCUCAACAUCUCCAUCGAGAACCUCAAGCUCAACCACGACGGACUGGGGGAGCUGGCGGGAGACACUUUCGACGGACUCAACAGAGUCGUCUUCUUCAGCUUGGCCGAUAACCUCCUAGGGAAAGUACCGGAGCAUUUAUGGAAAAGGAUGCCGGGGGUGAGGACGGUCGAUCUGGGAAGGACCAAGAUCAAGGCACUCACCGGGUCCAGCUUCAAAGACCUCCCGGUGCAGUGCUUGGUCCUUGCCGGGAACUCCAUCUCCCAAAUGGACCAAGACUCCUUCCCCAAAGAAGUCCAACGGUUACACAUCGGACGUAACAACCUCAAAACCCUCAACAAAACUCUGACCAACCUUUCCGACCUCAUCUGGUUAUUUGCCAAUUCAAAUGAGCUAACAGACCUAGAAGGGGAGUUACCCCUUGAUGCCAAAAAACUGAAAAUGAUCCACUUUUCCAACAACAAGAUCGAGAAACUUCCUCAACAACUCAAAACCCUAACAUAUCUCGAAUCCCUUUUUUUCCAAUACAACCACAUCCAAAGUCUUGACGGCACGUUGGGAAAAGCGCGGAAACUCGUCCGUGUUGUUUUGGAACACAACAAUAUUAAGACAUUGACCAAAGAAGAUUUUACCGAAAACGAAAUACUCGAAUCUCUUAUUUUAGGCCACAAUGAGAUCACCUCCUUGAAUAACUCGCUUUUGAAUUUGAAAAAUUUGAAUUUUUUGAACAUGACGUUCAAUCAUCUUAGCGAGUUUUCGUUUCAAGAGAUUGUGGGCCUUCAGGAGUUGAAAAGUAUCGAUUUGUCGUACAACAGAAUCAAAACAUUAAUCGGACCGGCUACUAAUUUGGUCGAAUGGAACAUAAAAUUAACCGAACUUAAACUGGACCAUAACGAAAUUGAGUCACUAGAUGGCGCUUUGUCGGGUCUGCCCGAACUUUUGCGGCUCAAUUUAAGCUUCAAUAAGUUGCGAAGAAUAUCACCCGAUGAUCUGAUUGGUUUAGAUCAGUUGAGGUUGUUGGACGUGUCUCAUAAUUAUCUAACAACGUUGGAAGAAACGAGCAAAACUUUUCUUCCACGUUUGGAAGAGUUGAGAGCCAGUCACAAUUAUUUAACGAUUUUGGAAAGAGAUUUCCAUGGACUUCCAGUUUUGUGUCAUGCUGAUCUAUCAAAUAAUCAAAUUGUUGCACUUGGGAGGGAUUUAGUGAGCAAAACGAGGUGCAAAAUUGGUCAUGGGGUGCAUGAGGGAACGUGGGACACCCUUAAAAUAUAUUUACAAGACAACCCGAUUUUGUGCGAUGCCGCCCUUCCCGAAAUCAUGUCCUCGAUGGAAAUCAACCACACCCGCAUUUAUGGAGUGUCCCAUUGCCCUCCCAUGAGCGAGCAGCCUGUCACCAGCAAACCCAACGCUUUCCUGGGCUACAUCCCCGAAACCACCCCAUCCCUCCCCGCGGCCAUCGCCAGCCAAGCCGAGCCCAACAACCAGCUCAAACCCAUGUUCAAAACCUCCGCCUACGAGGCCAUCCAGCUCUCCGUCCCCCACAAAAACAACUUGGAGGACUCCGCCACCAAGAGCCAGCAAGUGGAUUUGCACCAGAACGACCAGUACCGGAUGGAGGAGCCGAAAAUCGACCCCGUGAAGCAGGAAAAGCAACUCACGAAGUUGGCGUCGGAGAUUGAGGAGUUGAGGAGUCGAGUGGAGGAGUUGGCCAAUCAGAAUCAGAUUCUGCUCAACCAGUCGAACAGGUCGACGGAGAGGCCGCCCAACGAUGGCGAGAGGAAGCCUUGAGGGGGCGAGUUAGUGCCUUUGUUUUUUACUGUAGUGUAGAUUCUGAUGCAAGUAACUUAUUGCUAGUCAUUUGUAGGAGAAACAAUCAGAAACUUAUGAUGAUGUUGAAAACAAAAGGGGUAGGAACGGGGGGCGAUCAAGUAUUGACUUUAGUUGUGAGUACAAUUUAUUAUUUAGAGCAGUAUGACAAUAAUGAGUGCCAUGGAUUUAUCGAAAUAUGUAUUUUUCUAGUAGUUGGAGACUUUUCUCUCAUUAUUAUUUGUUAGGUUCCAAUCCUGAACUCAUCCAGUAGUCACUAGUGAUGUAAAUAUUUUCAUUACUAACUUUUCUACCUUUUAGAUAAAUGACGACAUGCUGUCAUAGUCAUAGGCAAUUUGUGUGUAUUUAUAUUAUUAAAAAUAUACGUUAUUUUAUGAUAGAGACA